AUGGUUGGCCUAGGUCCUCGCAAGCCACCAUCCCGUAAGGGAUCGAUGGCAGAUGUCCCCAAGGACUUGCUGCAAGAGAUCAAGAAGCUUGAGCAGCACUUUACUAUCGACACAUCUAAGCUGAAGCAGAUCACCGACCAAUUUGUUUCGGAGCUCGAGAGGGGUUUGACCGUCGAGGGCGGUGACAUUCCCAUGAAUCCAACUUGGGUCAUGGCUUACCCUGAUGGCUACGAGACUGGUACAUAUCUUGCUUUAGACAUGGGUGGUACAAACUUGCGUGUUUGUGAAAUCACUCUGACGGAUAACAAGUCGGAGUUCGACAUCAUUCAGUCAAAGUACCGAAUGCCGGAGGAAUUGAAGACAGGCGAGUCUGAGGAACUCUGGGAGUACAUCGCCGACUGCCUGCAACAGUUCAUCGACACUCACCACGGAGAGCUUCCCCCGGAUACGGCUAAAAUUCCCCUCGGUUUCACUUUCUCUUACCCAGCCACACAGAACUACGUUGACGAAGGUAUCCUGCAACGAUGGACCAAGGGAUUCGACAUCGAUGGUGUUGAAGGUCACAAUGUCGUUCCUAUGCUUGAGGCUGCCCUCAACGCGCGAGGAGUUCCCAUCAAGGUUUCCGCUUUGAUCAAUGAUACAACCGGAACCCUGAUUGCUUCGGCAUACACAGAUACCAAAAUGAAGAUUGGCUGUAUCUUCGGUACUGGAUGCAAUGCAGCUUACAUGGAGAACUGUGGCUCAAUCCCCAAACUAGCCCACAUGAACUUGCCAGCAGAUUGUCCGAUGGCCAUCAACUGUGAGUGGGGUGCUUUCGAUAACCAGCACAAGGUCCUGCCACGAACUCCCUACGACAUCAUUAUCGACAAAGAGUCUCCGCGACCGGGUCAACAGGCCUUUGAGAAGAUGAUCGCUGGACUUUACCUGGGCGAGAUCUUCCGACUGGUCCUGGUGGAUCUACACGACAACAAGGAGGUCCACAUCUUUGAGGGUCAGGACAUCAAGAAGCUCCGAAGACCAUACAGUUUGGAUGCUUCUUUCCUUUCUGCUAUCGAGGAUGAUCCUUUCGAGAACUUGCAAGAGACUGCUGAUCUGCUCUCUGAUAAGCUCAACGUUUCAGCCACCCGUCCCGAGCUCGAGCUCAUCCGCCGCACUGCCGAGCUGAUUGGUACACGUGCUGCCCGACUCUCUGCAUGCGGUGUUGCAGCCAUUUGCAAGAAGAAGAACUUCCAGCCUUGCCAUGUCGGUGCGGACGGUUCCGUCUUCAACAAGUACCCCCACUUCAAGGCCCGUGGUGCUCAAGCGCUCAAGGAGAUUCUUGACUGGCCCACCAAGAAGAGUGCUAGGGAGGAGGACCCUAUCGAAAUCCUGGCCGCCGAGGACGGUAGCGGUGUGGGUGCUGCGCUUAUUGCUGCAUUGACUCUGAAGAGAGUUGAGGCUGGCAACCUGGCUGGUAUUCUUCACCCAGAGAACUUCAGAUAA